CACUGCGUAUGGCGCUUCCGGCUGCCUCCUCUUUCAAUUCUUCGCUUACCCUGCAGAAGGUUCUUCUCUGAGCUCCAUCAUGGCGAACGUUGCCGAUACAAAACUAUACGACAUCCUCGGGGUAUCUCCGACUGCCUCAGAGAAUGAGCUGAAAAAGGCCUACCGCAAACUAGCAAAAGAAUACCACCCCGAUAAGAAUCCAAAUGCUGGAGACAAGUUCAAAGAAAUCAGCUUUGCCUAUGAAGUGUUGACUAAUCCAGAAAAGAAGGAGCUGUAUGACCGCUAUGGGGAGCAGGGACUGCGGGAAGGUGGUGGUGGUGGAGCCGGGAUGGACGACAUCUUCUCACACAUCUUCGGCGGGGGCCUCUUUGGGUUCAUGGGUGGACAAGGCCGGAGCCGAAAUGGUGGCAGACGAAGAGGAGAAGACAUGGUUCAUCCACUGAAGGUGUCUCUUGAAGACCUGUACAAUGGAAAGACAACCAAGUUACAACUCAGCAAGAAUGUACUGUGUAGUACCUGUAAUGGCCAGGGUGGGAAAUCUGGCGCUGUUCAGAAGUGCACUGCCUGCAGGGGGCGUGGCAUGCGUAUCAUGAUCAGACAGCUCGCUCCAGGAAUGGUUCAACAGAUGCAGUCCGUCUGCACCGAUUGUAAUGGGGAAGGGGAAGUAAUCAAUGAGAAAGAUCGCUGCAAAAAAUGUGAGGGUAAGAAGGUGGUUAAAGAGGUCAAAAUCCUGGAGGUUCAUGUGGACAAAGGCAUGAAACAUGGUCAGAAGAUCACCUUCGGAGGGGAAGCUGACCAAGCGCCUGGGGUGGAGCCGGGGGACAUCGUCCUCGUCCUGCAGGAGAAGGAGCACGAGACAUACAGAAGAGAUGGCCAUGAUCUGCAUAUGACCCACAAAAUUGGGCUGGUGGAAGCACUCUGUGGGUUCCAGUUCACACUGAAACAUUUAGACGGAAGGCAGAUCAUGGUGAAAUACCCCCCUGGCAAAGUCAUUGAGCCUGGUUCCAUCAGGGUUGUGCGAGGCGAGGGAAUGCCACAGUAUCGUAACCCUUUUGAAAAGGGCGACUUAUUUAUUAAAUUUGAUGUACAGUUCCCCAGCAGCAACUGGAUUAGCCCUGAGAAACUCUCAGAGCUGGAGGACCUGCUGCCUGCCCGGGCGGAGCCGCCCAUCGUGUCGGGAGACGCGGAGGAGGUGGACCUGCAGGACUACAACAUCAGCCAGAGCUCGUCCGGAGGCCACAGGCGCGAGGCCUACAACGACAGCUCGGACGACGAGAGCGGCCACCACGGCCCCGGGGUCCAGUGCGCACACCAGUAGUAACACUUGAAGGAAAAACCAGUUGCACAGGGGACAAGUGGGCGUGACUCGGAUCUUAUCUGGUUUGCAUUUGCCCAGAGAAACGACCCCUAUCUCUUAUUCCACACCCUACCCCUCCCAUCGGCAACCCAGAUCAGAUCAAAUGAAAGGGUCACUACCCACCCGCUCAAUGUGUAACUCAAGGUUUUUCAGUUUUGUUUUUUUUUCUUUUUGUUUGUUUUGUUUGUUUUUUUUCUUUUUGGUCAUAGUAUUUACAGUUAAUUUAAACUAACCAUACAUGCGGAAGUGUUGCCUCAGAACUCAGAACUCUGACAGAGUGAUGUGAGACUGAAGAGAUCCUAACCAGAGAAUGGGACAUGGUCGCCAUCACUUUUUUAGGUUUGUUUGUAUCUGUGCUUCAUUUUUACAAAUUUAUUUACUUUGUAGAUUUUUACUUUUUCCUUGCUAUAUAUUUUAAAAUGGGGGGGUGGAUACUACAACAUUGUGUAUAAAUUGAAAGUGAUUGUCCAUUAAGCUUUAUAUCGGCUGCCAUCACAAAAGCUGCUGUGAAUACUUUAGAAGAAAUAAUUCCAUAGCCUGUAUCUGUCCUCAGUCCAGGUGCAUGUUAGAAAGUAUUGAUUCCUGCACUGAAGAAACAUCACAUUUAAAUGAGUGACGGUGUGGAGAAAAAAAGAACUAUAUUACUUAUGUGAAACGUUUCUGAAGUUAAAUAAAGUGUUCUCUCAAAUCUGAACCAUACAGCAUGUCAUUUUUGUAGUCCGUUGUCCCAGUGAAUUGGAUUGCCUAAGCGGGACUUCUGCAGACUUAUUGGACCUGUGAUCUGAGCCGCACGUACUGGCUAAUUCUCACGCCAGCUUCAAUAUUCUAGUCUCCCCCUCCAAAGCAGGCAGCACCACUUUGUAUAUUAAACAUGACCUUGUUUUCAGGUUUGUGUGCACCUUUAAGUCUACCUGUAUAUAACAAAGGUAGUGUAUAAACAUUGUAUUACCCAGGAAAAAUUAAACUUGUACAUCUGCGGUGUGGAGUGGGAUUCAUUUUGAGAUGAGAUGUCUUUUGACGAUAAUUAUCACAGUGAUUUGUCAUUACUAAUUUGAAUCCUUACUGAAUGUAAAAAGCUUUUUUUGAGAAGUACUGCCUUAGGUUUUGUUUUUGGCUGCUAUCAAGGGUACGUCAUCAUUCCAGAGUAGUGUAAUAAGAAAAAGCUUUUGGGUGUUCAUUAAACUAUUAAUCACCAGUAUAUAGUGAAGUAGCCCUUUGCCAUAAAGCUGUAUUGAAGAAAUGUGUGUUGCCUGAAUUAUACAAAAGCAUAAAAUGUUUUUUCUCCUAGUAGCAUAUAGCUUAGUGUGAGUUCCAUUUCCCUGCCACAUGUUGAUUCAAAUAUAUAGAUAUUCAAAUGCUUUCAUUGUACUGUUGGAGAAUUGUUCAACCUUUUGAGUGUCAUGUGACUUACCCCAAGCCCCCUCCUGUAACAGGCAGACUUAGACAUAUCACAGCUGGAUACAGACUGAUGAAAUUUCAGCAGCUUAAAAGCACAUUGCAAGUGCAAGCUUCUAUAUUUGUCCAAAUUGGAAGCCCGUGCUUGAUAAACGUGACCUUGUAAUUUAUUGAAGUGUUGAUGCACAUGUUUAUUCUUGUUUGAUUGUACAAUAAAUUGUCACAUCCAU